AGUCUUAUUUUAGGAGCCGAUGCGAACAUACAUAGUUGACUUAUGUAUUGUAAUUUGUAAAUAAAAACGAUGUAUAGAAGUAAAUAAAUGUACAUCUAAAAUGAAUGUGUAAAGAUACAAAUUUUGUUUACGCGUUCAAUAACAACGCAUCUCAAAACUAAAAAAUGUACCUCGUAAAAAUCGCAACAAUCUUCCUCCUCGCAAAAACAUACUUAUGCCAAGACAUUAACAAAUACUUUGAAAGAAUCAAUGAGGAAUAUAGAAAACUCAAUUCGGUUUCCGCUGAAAUAUCCUGGGACUCAGCAGUCGAUCCAAACGAUGUAAAACCACUAAAGAAAUCCGCCAUAUACCAGAAAACGCUUAUUUUAUGGCAACAAAAACACUGCGAAGAGAUGGCAGCACUAGUGAACCGUCAUUUGCUAAACGACACUCUGCGAAGGCAGACGUAUUUGUUGUGCAGAGGACCGAAAUAUACUUAUCAGGAGGCCAGACGAACAAGCUACUUAUACGAAAAAUUACAAGCAAGGUAUACGGAAGCUGUGAUAUGUAUACCGAAUCCGAAAAACAUAUCAAUUAAUAACACACAAGACGCUGAACAAGCCGUACACGAUUAUAUUAAUGGAGUUAAAAGAACAAGUGCAACAGAAGAUGAUACAGCAGUGCAAUUGGCUGUUGAAAUGGCAGCUACGGAAAACCUUGGAAGCAACGAUGUUUUGUGCUUCAAAGGAGAAGAUGAUUUUGAAAAAUUAAUGAGUAGAUCAAAGAAUGAACGUGUUUUGAAAUGGACUUGGAUGGCUUGGCGGGAGGCGGUGUGUCGGACAAUGGGAGCGCCUUAUAAAGAACUGGUUGAAAUUGAAAAUGCAGCUGCCAGAAGGAACGGCUACAAAGACAUCGGCGAGUCCUGGAGAGAGGAACAAGAAAUUCCAAAUUUAAAAAGUUUUUGUCGUCGCCUAUACAAAAGCAUAAGACCUUUAUACAGGACGCUGCAUGGUAUCACCAGGUUCUUCCUUAGAAGGCAUUACGGGGCAAUUGUAGAAGAGACCGGGCCAAUACCGGCUCAUUUAUUGGGAAAUCUCUGGUCACAGAAUUGGGAGCCGUUAACGGAUCUAAUAAUAAAAAACACGUUGAAUUUAGACGAACGCAUACGAAGAUCUAACUGGACCGUUCUGCAUAUGGCAAAAAGGGCUGAAGACUUUUACCAAUCGCUUGGGCUGCCACCAAUGACGGACACGUUUUGGCGCGAAUCGGUUUUGACGCGGGAAAAACACGCACACGCGCGUUGUCAUGGCGCCGCAGCCGACAUGUUUAAAGAUGGCGAUUUCAGACUGCUCUAUUGCUCCGGAACUACAAAGGAAGAUCUUUAUGUACUACAUCAUGAACUUGGUCACAUACAAUAUUAUAUGGCAUACGAAGACCAGCCUGCUAUAUUCAGACAAGCUAAUACAGCGCUGCACGAGACAAUAGGAGACUCUAUAAUGCUCGGUGCGUUUACACCGCAACAUCUGCAUAGGCUUGGUCUCAUUACGGACCACGAACUGUAUUCCAACGAACACAGCACUAGAGAAGACAAUGACAAUGUCAAUAAACGUCACGACAUCGAUGAGAACAUUGAUGAGAUAAAAAAUCACGAAACCAAAGCAAAAAAGUUUGCCAAUGAUACUGCUAGAAUUGAAAAUGCUAAAAAUUAUGUUGAUUACAAUUCCAAAGCAAAUAAUACUAGAAGUUUUGAUAACAAGCUCGCACUAGACGAUGUACUUCUGUUCAAACAAGCCCUUAAUAAAAUACCGCAAAUAGCCUUCGCAUUAGUUUUGGAGGAGUACCGAUGGAAGUAUUUUGAGAAUGGUCUGAGCAAUUUGAAUGGAGAUUUUUGGGACAUGGCCUUGGAAUUACAAGGAAUCGUUCCACCAGUCUAUAGAGGCGAAGACUAUUUUGACGCCGGAGCUAAAUUUCAUGUGCCAGACAACACUCCUUAUGCACGAUACUUCUUAAGCAGCUUCCUCCAGCACCAAGUUUACGAGACGCUGUGCAAAGCGGCAGUCUUCGGUCGGCGUAAUGUCGACGAGCCCCUGCCUAGUACCAUCAGAAUGGACCGCUGCGACAUUUACGGAUCGAAGACCGUUGGCAGGAUAUUACAAGAAAUAAUGAAACCUGGCCACUCAAAACACUGGCGUGUCAUCUUGAAGGCUGCGACGGGGAUAGACGACAUCUCUGGGGCAGCUCUGAAACGAUACUACCGGCCGCUGUACAAGAUAUUAAACAAGAUGGUUGCCCGAUAUCGGAUUCCGAUUGGCUGGUGAAUCAAGCAAUCAGAAACAGUUUUUAAACGACCGUUAGUUACAAUUUAAAUUAAGAAUUGAAUUAAAAUGUCUCUUUACCUUUUAUUUAUUUUAUUUGAAAGCUUAGAUUGGUCGUGUUAUUGAGAGAUAAUAAAAAUUUUGAACACAUU